CACAGCCUGCUCGGACCGCGCCUUCGUCUCACCCGCCCCUGCGAGCCCCGCGGCGCGGGCGAACAGGCGGACUCGUGGAUCCGCCUGACGGGGACGGGGUUCCGGGCCGCACUGCGCAUGCCCUGCAGUCAUGGCUGGCGGAGGCGGUGGUUCGCGGCGGCGCGCUGCGCGCGGCGGUAAUUAGUAAUUGUCCUCCUGCUCCUGGGAGGCGAGGCGCGUGGGGCGCGGCUUCCCGGUGGCUGCGCGGCGGUACCCCAGCCCGGCCCGAAGGGCAGCCGGGCAGAUGAGACCGCCGCUUCUCCGUGCCCUGUAGAGGCUUCUGAGACAGAAGCACGGACCGGUUCCGAGCCCUCCGGACCGCCCGCGGGGAACUGAACCGGCGCGCGGGGCCGGGCCGUGGGACGGCGAGGCCGCGGAGAGGAAGGUGCAAUGGCGAGGAAUUUAUCUGUAAUCCUGAUUCUGACCCUCACCCUGUCAGUCACAAAUCCCCUCCACGAACUAGAACCAGCAACUGCUUUCCCUCAGACCACUGAGAAAAUUAUUACAAAUUGGGAAUCUGGCAUUAACGUUGACUUGGCAGUCACCACACGGCGACAUCAUCUACAGCAGCUUUUCCAUCGCUAUGGAGAAAAUAAUUCCUUGUCAGUUGAAGGAUUCAGGAAAUUGCUUCAGAAUAUAGGCAUAGAUAAGAUUAAAAAAAUCCAUAUACACCAUGACCACGACCAUCACUCUGACCAUGAUCACCAUUCUCACCGUAAUCAUGCUCCUUCCAAUAAAAAUAAUCGGAAAGCUCUUUGCCCAGACCAUGAGCCCGAUAGUUCGAGUAAAGAUCCCAGAAGCAGCCAGGGAAAAGGAUCUCACCGAUCAGAACAUGCUAACAGUAGAAGGAAUGUUUUAAUCAAGGAUGGUGUUACGGCUAGUGAAGUGACCUCCACUAUGUAUAACACUGUCUCUGAAGGAACUCACUUUCUAGAGACAAUAGACACUCCAAAACCUGGAAAACUUUUCCCCAAAGAUGUGAGCAGUUCUACUCCACCCAGUAUCACAGAAAAAGGCCGGAUGAGCCAGCUGGCCAGUAGGAAAACAAAUGAAUCUGUGAGUGAGCCCAGAAAAGGCUUUAUGUAUUCCAGAAACACAAAUGAAAAUACUCAGGAGUGUUUCAAUGCGUCCAAGUUACUCACGUCUCAUGGCAUGGGCAUCCAGGUUCUGCUGAAUGCAACAGAGUUCAACUAUCUCUGUCCAGCCAUCAUCAAUCAAAUUGACGCUAGAUCGUGUCUAAUUCAUACAACGAGUGAAAAGAAAGCUGAAAUCCCUCCAAAGACCUAUUCUUUACAAAUAGCCUGGGUUGGUGGCUUUAUAGCCAUUUCCAUCAUCAGUUUCCUGUCCUUGCUGGGGGUUAUCUUAGUGCCUCUCAUGAAUCGGGUGUUUUUCAAGUUUCUCCUAAGUUUCCUUGUGGCACUGGCUGUCGGGACAUUGAGUGGUGAUGCUUUUUUACACCUCCUCCCACAUUCUCAUGCAAGUCACCAGCACAGUCACAGCCAUGAAGAACCAGCAAUGGAAGCGAAGAGAGGGCCACUUUUCAGUCAUCUGUCUUCUGAAAACAUAGAAGAAAGUACCUAUUUUGAUUCCACGUGGAAGGGUCUGACAGCUCUGGGUGGCUUGUAUUUCAUGUUUCUCGUCGAACAUGUGCUCACAUUGAUCAAGCAAUUUAAAGAUAAGAAGAAAAAGAAUCAGAAAAAACCUGAAAAUGAUGAUGAUGUGGAGAUUAAGAAGCAGCUGUCCAAGUAUGAAUCUCAACUUUCAACAAAUGAGGAGAAAGUAGAUGCAGACGAUCGACCUGAAGUCUAUUUACGAGCAGACUCACAGGAGCCUUCCCACUUUGAUUCUCAACAGCCAGCAAUCUUGGAAGAAGAAGAGGUCAUGAUAGCUCAUGCUCAUCCGCAAGAAGUCUAUAAUGAAUAUGUACCCCGAGGGUGCAAGAAUAAAUGUCAUUCGCAUUUCCAUGAUACCCUCGGCCAAUCAGACGAUCUCAUUCACCAUCAUCAUGACUAUCAUCAUAUCCUCCACCACCACCACCACCAAAACCACCACCCCCACAGCCACAGUCAGCGCUACUCUCGGGAGGAGCUGAAAGACGCCGGCAUCGCCACAUUGGCCUGGAUGGUGAUAAUGGGCGACGGCCUGCACAAUUUCAGCGAUGGCCUGGCAAUUGGGGCUGCUUUUACUGAAGGUUUAUCAAGUGGUUUAAGUACUUCUGUUGCUGUGUUUUGUCACGAGUUGCCACAUGAAUUAGGUGACUUUGCUGUUUUACUAAAGGCUGGCAUGACUGUUAAGCAGGCUGUUCUUUAUAAUGCUCUGUCAGCCAUGCUGGCAUAUCUUGGAAUGGCAACGGGAAUCUUCAUUGGUCAUUAUGCUGAAAAUGUUUCUAUGUGGAUAUUUGCACUUACUGCUGGCUUAUUCAUGUAUGUUGCUCUGGUUGAUAUGGUACCUGAGAUGCUGCACAAUGAUGCUAGUGACCAUGGAUGUAGCCGCUGGGGAUAUUUCUUUUUACAGAAUGCUGGAAUACUUUUGGGUUUUGGAAUUAUGUUGCUUAUUUCCAUAUUUGAACAUAAAAUUGUGUUUCGUAUAAAUUUCUAAUUAGGGUAUAAAUUCUAGAGUAGCUUAAAAAAUAUAGCUGUCUGUAGUUUGAAUAGGUCAUAGGGAAAUGAGAGUUCUUAUGCUGUGAUACGCAGACUUUACGGUUAGUGGAUUUUGUGUGUUUUUUUUAAUUGAAUAUUUCCAUUUGUUGUGCUUUAUAAGGUCAGUUUUGGUGGUAACAUAAAGGUACGUUUUAAUAUUUAAGUUAUUCUGUUUUGGGAAUAUGAGCUGUAUGUGCAAUUUACCAGUUUUACCAGUUUAUUGUAUAAACAAGAGAUUUGGCAUGACAUAUUCUGUAUAUUUCAGGAAAAAUGUCUUGAAUCCUUUUUGUAGAACUAAUCUAACACAGCAAGCCCUGUGCUGGAUGUCAGGCCUCUGAAGAACUGCUGGUGUUGAGGAGCAAGGACGCACACAAAGCCUAAGAUACCAAUAAAGCUCGUACUGAAUUUAAGCUAAGAAAUAAAAAGAAGAAUCUGUAAGAAUAAAGAAAACACAGAUGUCUUACCCAAAAAAGUCACAAAACUAGUUAUAAAAGAGAAGGAAAUUUUUGAAUUAAAAAAAAGCAGUGUUAGUAUAGAGUACACAUGCAUAAACAUUUUUGUCAGUAAAAUAAACCACAAUGAGCACUUUUUACUAAUUUAGUUGUACAUUUAACUUUGUAUAAUAGAGAAGUCUUAAGUAUAUUUAAUGAGCUCAAGCAUAUAUAGCUUAACCAAGAAAUUGGAAUCUUAAAAUAUUUGUAUGGAGAUAUACCGGAUGAGUACGAGUAAGUUUAUGUAUGGUCAGAAAACUUGGCUGUUGAGUGUUCUGGUUAUCUGGUUUGCCAGAUGUCAGCGUAUUAGAACUUUGAGAUAGGUAAAGACCUGAAAACCAUUCUGAGUGUAAUUUGACUUCUUGGAUUCAGAAAGUACUUUGGUAUCUUUCAGUGCUUCAGUGUUGUCACUUUCAGCAAUUAUCAUGUUUAUAUGUAGUACUUUAGACAUACUAGGGCUGUCUGUGGCAUUCUCUAGAUGUUGCUUUUCUACAAAAUAAAUCCCCCAUGUCAGCUUGGUAUCAGAUACCUGAUUUUCUUUUCUGUCUUUUACCGUCGUAACCAUUUGUAAGUAUACAGUUCAUUAAAGUAUAUUCACCCUGCUGUGCA